AUGGCCUCAGGCGAUAAUACAAACAGUCAAGACAGUGAUGAUGAUCAGGGGGAAAUGGACUGGAAGACUGGAAAACAGCAGCAGUAUCCGCCGCCGGCAGACAUACCAGAAUAUGUGAAAAAAGCCCUUCCUCCGCGGCCGAAUCCUGGUUCCUCGUCUAUCUAUUCUUUCCCAGUCGAGAGUGCUCAACAGCAAUGCAUUCUAAAUAAUCAUCAUCAACGGGAUGGUCCAGAUGUCAAUUCAGGUGCCCUCGAUGAAGCCGGGCUGACCGUGGUACAGCCGCUUCAGCUGAUGGCGUCCUCCUCAUCAUGUUCAGAGAAAGAACCCGAGAUAUUAGCGCCACAACCAAGAUAUCCAGCCCAUAUGAUUCUGGAGACGAGCGAUGCCGAUGAUAUCGUCAUCAGCCCUGUCUCAGGGCCUUUAGCUGGGAAUAAGAACCUCCAGCAGUACGAGGUCUCGCCGAUCUCGCCUAACGAGUCUACAUGUAGCCUACAUUCAGGAGUUUCUUCAAGUGCGAGUCAUAACUCCUCGUCAGGAGAGGAGAUAUAUAUUAGUCGACAGCCAUUCCUAUAUGAGAAGCACCCUAUUGUAUAUCAAUCGGCGGAUCUACGUCCUACGCUGGAGAUGGAUACUUUGAACCAAAAACACCAGUUCCAAUACCAGCAAAUCAACCUCCGGUAUAGUGACCCGGGGAGCCCUAUAAGUGGCACUGUGAUACAUCCUCCAACCUCAUUCCCUUCUGAUCCCAACCUUAGGCUCUCGCGCCACCUCGAUGAUGAAAACCAGGGACCGACCAUCAAUACUAAGCCACUAUCACCGGCCGACUUGGCGAAUAACUUUAGCAGCCAGUCGCAAACUCCCACCGGGACAAUAGUUAACCCUAAAGUCGCGUUCGCCGGUACCGUAAACGGAUUCUCGACACGGUCGCGGGCUAACAGUAAGAAAACGACCCACGCACCGCCACCCCUGAAACUAAGCGAGCGCCCGCUAGCGGACAGCUACGUUAAGACGCCGUUCCCAGGCGUAGAGCCCGUGCAGCGACAAGACAGCUCGGGCUCUACGCGCCAGAAGCAGAAUCCAGCGGAGCAGAAAGCCAAAGAGGAGCAGAACAGCAUCGCGAGGAAACGGAACCGGGUAUCUACUCUGCCCGCGUUCGUGUUCGCGAAGUCGUUGAGGCAGAGCGGUGGUGAGACGCGGGGGAAGGAGAAGACUUCGUCGGGCCCGACGGUGAAGAGUAUCUUGUCCAGGGCGAAGUCGCUGACGAUAGGUCGGGGGUUUGGGUUGGGUUUGGGGGUUGGUUCGGAGGAGGCGAGGAAGGAGAAGAGGAGGGAGGAGAUGAAGAGGCAGAUUCGGAUUGGUGAGCCGAGGUCGUGA